AUGCUCACUACCCGUCGCCUCCUCCCCUCCAUCCCCCCAAUUCUCAUCCUCGCACUCUCCGCACUCACACUGACGCCCACGCCAUCUCUCGCCUCUCCCCUCCCUUCAGCACCCUCGACAUGGGUGACGCUCAAAGAUGGCCGACAAGUCCACUUCGAACCCCUGGAAGAAAUGAAUCCGGUGGCAGAUACAGUGCCGGCAGAUCGAGCAGCCGAGCCAAUGUCAUUGACGCAGCUGCGAACGCACGUUCCAUGCCUAAAGGGUUGUAUCGAGUUAUUUGGUACAUGCGCACAUCUAAAAUCCCCUGCACUUGAGAAGCUGGUGCGCUGUUCUGCUGCUGCUUGCCUCACUCCCCCAACAUCGGCAUCAACCACACCCCUACGCCAUGAGAAUGAUCAAGGUACCGCGUGGGGUGUCGAUGACGAGUUGAUAACAACGACACAAUCCUCCACCUCCCCCACUCGCUGGCACGCCCACCUCGGCCUCUCGCGCCUCCUCGCGCAAUGGGGAGGUCAGUGCACUAAGGCGGGGUAUUUCGGUUUGCCGGCCAAUUUGGAUGAUGUCUUGAAACUCGGUGCAUUAGGAAGCUACGGCGAGAAAGGCGGUGAAAGCAAGGGAAAUAUGGAGAGUGUGGGUAAGGAGGGUAAGGAAGGGUUGAAGAAGCGCGGGGUGGAGCUGAGGGAUGGGCAACCUAUUCAUCAAAGAGACUGGCUUGUAAACAAAGAUGUGACUGGGGAAGAGGUGGGCGAGGAGGAGGAGGAGGAGGAGGAGAGGGAGAAAGAUAUCGCCCGCGUCGAAGCCGUCAAUCUCAAACCCCGAACCCCCACCGCGGUAGCGGACGGAGAGGACGAGAGAGGCAGCACGGCGGAGGGCCAGAGUUUGGGGGCGGGGAACGGUUAUGUCGUGGAUAGUGAAGCGAAUACGACGACCACGACCACCUCCUCUUCCAAUAACAAGAGUACAACCCAAACCGAUCAAAGCGAAGACACGCCAGCAGAGAACGCAGGCGGGGGCACUAUCCUGGAUAUACCCGCAACCUCCAACGGCGCAGCCAGGUCGAUGGACAUUCCUCUGGGGUCGUGGGUCGUCCUUGCGGGGCUGGUGGUGUGGAUGGAGAGGUCGUUCGUGAGAUGGGGCAUCAUUACGCAUGCGAAUGCCGUGUUGAUUGUUUUUGGGGUUUUGGGAUGGGUUUUGGCUGUGCAUGACAGGGCGUUGUGGGUGGGGGUAGGGAUGGGGACGGGGACGGGGGGUUGA